AUGGAGGCAGGCGCGGGAGGGUGGGCCAUCCAAGCAGAAACCGCUGUGGGCAGCCUGUCUGGGGCCCCCACACGGAGAAAUCUGCCCAAGGGGACCGUCUUCAUUUUUCUGAUUGCGCAAUGCCAAGGGCAACUGGCCAAGCGAGGAAGAGGGUCAGAAGCCGGGGCAGGGUUCCCGUGGCCUGGGAAGCUCCAGCAGCUGUCUGGCAACCCCCCCACCCCCGGCGAGACCCAGCCAUGCCGAGGACAACCCUUCCUUCCCCUUCCCACGCCCCGAGUCCAAGGCCUGGAGGUCCCCGGGAGCGGUGGACUAAAGGCCCGAAGGCCCGAGCGGUGGGACAGCAGCCCCCUCGGUCUCCCCCCCCCCCCCCCCCCCCGCCCCACGCCCCAAACCCGCAGGGUGACCGCGCCCCGCCCCCGGGCGGACCGGGCGCGCAGGGGAGCGGAGGGCGGGCCGGCCGCGCUGGAAUGCGCGGCGGCGCAGGAGGCAAGGGGCGGGCGCCGGACAUGUGAGGGCACAUCCCGCGAGCUGCCGCCCGGCGCGCAGACGGCCCAGGAAGGAGCGGGCGAGCGGGCUACAGGGCUCGGGGGCUCUGGAGCCCGGGGCCGGGGCGGCGCGGCGCGGCGGCCAGGGCCGAGGCGGGGCCCGACAGGCACCAGGCCCGCCGGCCUGGCGGCGGGGAGAGCCGGCGGGGCGCAGCGCGGCCUGGCCGCGGCCCCGCGCGCUCCCAUGACGGCGGCCGUGCUCCGGGAGGGCGUGCUGGAGAAGCGCAGCGGCGGGCUGCUGCAGCAGUGGAAACGCAAGCGCUGCGUGCUCACCGAGCGCGGGCUACAGCUCUUCGAGGCCAAGGGCGCGGGCGGCCGGCCCAAGGAGCUCAGCUUCGCCCGCAUCAAGGCCGUGGAGUGCGUGGAAAGCACUGGCCGCCACACCUACUUCACGCUGGUGACCGAAGGCGGCGGCGAGAUCGACUUCCGCUGCCCGCCGGAGGACCCGGGCUGGAAUGCGCAGAUUACCCUCGGCCUGGUCAAGUUCAAGAACCAGCAGGCCAUCCAGACCGUGCGCGCCCGGCAGAGCCUCGGGGCCGGGGCGCUGGUGUCCUAGAGCGCGGGGGCGCGCCUGGCCUGCCCGAGGUCGUGCCAGCUUCUGGGCCCCCAUCGGCUCUCAGGGCGUGACCGUGCUCCUGACUGUGCUCCGAGUGGCAAGGCUGCGGCUGCGGACACCCCCGUGGAGGAGGCGUUGGAGUCACGGGUCAGCGGGAGCCAGCAAGGAGGGGGAUGGCCACGGAGAGCUGAGGAUGAGGAUUCGGCCCCGGGCGCUCAGGCUCUCAGGACGUGCCUGUCCCGGGCCCAGCCUCUGAGCUCCAGCAAAGCCCCAACCCGCUGCGGCCCUGCUGUCUUCUCUGCAGACUGUCCGCCUCAGGCUUGGUGCUGUGCCUGCAGGAGGGCGGCCCCCGGGAGCGCUGAGCCAGCGCCUUAGGACUUGAGAGGCCCGCCUGGGGACCACGAGACGAACCCCUCAGGCUCAGCUCUGGAUUCACCUCGGUGGGGGUAGCUGAUGGGCCUGAGGCCCACUCUUGGGGUCGUCUGCUGCUUGGGUCCUUUUCGGGACCCCCACCCCUCCAGGCCUCUCUUUGCACACUUCUCCCCCCCUCCUGCCCAUCUUCCCCACACUGCCGUGCCAGGCCUGGAGGUGGUGGGGUGGGUAGAGGCUCAGCCAUUACCAUUUCACACCUGUCGCAGAAUCUGAUACCCUGCAGAGGGCAGUGACCACGCUGUUCUCCGAAUGAGAGUCUUUCCCACAAAGAUCUGGUAUUGGGAACAUCCCUCUCCUCGCCUCCACUUUCCCAAGGUAAACCCCAUCCUGAAGUCUCCAGCCUGGGGAAGCAGAGACCCUGCAACCCAGAGAACACAGCCUCAGAGGUGCUGGAGGAGGGACCCUGGGGCCUGCAUAGGCCACUGUGGCCUCUGCUGUCUUGGGAGGCAGCCGUGUCUCCCCAGUGGGGCUCGUCCCUGCGUCACUCACACGCUUGGGCCAGCUCCACUGGCAUCACAAGUCUUCUCCGCGCGAUGGUUUAAAAGGAACCGUUUCAGCAGCAGAGAAAUGGAGGUGGAGACAGCGCUACCCUGAGAGACGCAGAGACGGCCGUUGGCUGACCCACGUCCGGCCUGCCCUGUUGCCAUGUGGCGGCUUCAGAGUCCGAUGGGGCAGGGAGGCCGAGUGUCCACCACAGGAAUCUGGAAGCCGCUUCCAGCCCUCUCGCUCCCCGCAGGCUCCUCCUCCCAUCCGGUUAUGACCCCUGUCCUUUGUCCCCGUCCCCCAGAGCCCUCUGCAGCUUCUCAUUUCUCCAAUAUGUGAAUCUCAUCUUACAAUUGAAUAAGAACUUAAGGUACAAAGGCACUUUUACAGAUGCCUCAUUUGUGCUCAUUAGGAUGUCCACACAGCCCACGAUGCAAAUAAACACCCCCGCCCGGGCCGGCUCGCGCUGUGA